CUCAACUUUGGUAAAAUGAUCCUUGAAAAUGACAGUGUCAGGUAUUAUCCCGUUUCUCACGAUUAUAACUCGCUUCCAGAUCUUACCACGUGUCAUUCUGUGGGGAUUGAAUGAAUAUGAUACAAAGUCUUACCAUGCACCGUACUGCACUCUAUAAAAACCUUUGGCUAUAUAUAUUAUUUUAUUAAUUUUUAAUAUUUAUAAACGUGCUGAUAAAUAAUCUCGCAUCGAGCCUCUCGCCCCCGCCCCUCUCUCAAAUCCUUUCGUCUCUCCAAUCAGACAAAUUAGGGUUAGGGUUCUCAUCUCCGCCGCCAAUCAAACGAUGACAGGCAAGGCGAAGCCGAAGAAACACACGGCGAAGGAGCUCCAGGCGAAGGCCGACGCAGCGUUGACCAAUAGAGGAGGAGGAAGGGCGGGUCUCGCCGACAGGACGGGGAAGGAGAAAGGAGGCCACGCCAAGUACGAGUGUCCUCACUGCAAGAUCACGGCGCCGGAUCUGAAGACGAUGCAGAUCCAUCACGAGUCGAAGCAUCCUAAGCUGCCUUACGAGGAGCCGAAGAAUCUCCACGAGGCUCUGGCUGCUCCCGAAUCGUCCAAACCUAAACCUGGAAUCAGAGGAAGCCUCAAGAAGUGAUCUUGGUGAUUUGUUUCCUUUUCUUAAUUAAAAAGUUGUGAUCUUUGUUUUUGGGUUUUCUUCAAGUUGUUGAUGUGAUGAUAAAAUGAAAAAAACUGCAAUGAUGCUUGAUAUUAUAUAAAAAGCUACUGAUAUCUAUUAUGAA